CAUCGCAUCAUCGUGUCCUCUGCCGGUUCAGGUCAACGUGAUUGCUUUCGGAGCGGCAUGUGUUAGUUGGGUUUUUAAUACUUUGCAGUUAUUCCUCUGUAUAAUUUCAGUGAGCGCGCGCGCUAAUGGCUGCUUACGGAAGGACGGCGCUCGUGUCCGCGCUCGUGCGCCGCUUCAGUGGAAGAAGCUCGUGCUGCGUGAGGAAGUUUCUUGAAACCAACCGAAGCGCGCGAGCUGGUUGUAACGUCAGAGCCGCAGUGGAGACACAGAGUCCUGUCUCAGUGAGGGCUGUGUUUAACUGGGCUACACAACACAGAGACUUCUGUUCAGAAGCACCGUACAAGGAAGAGGAUUAUCCCCCUCUCCCGGAGUACUCUCCUCCUCCUCCUCCUCCUCCUCCCCCUCCUUCUUCUCCUCCUCCAGAGACUGAACAGAAAGAAGUGUUCAUCGUCCGAGUUAAGGGUUUGCCGUGGUCUUGUAGUGCAGAGGACUUGCAAAAAUUCUUCUCAGAAUGUCGCAUUCGCAAUGGAGUGAGCGGAAUCCAUCUCACGUAUCACAAAAACGGAAAGCCGACAGGGCAAGCCUUCGUCGAGCUGGAGGAUGAGGAGGACAUCAACAAAGCCUUAGAGAUGCACAGGCAGUAUCUUGGACCGCGCUAUGUAGAAGUGUAUGAAGUGACCAAUAGAGAUGCAGAAGCCAUACUGAAGGGCACAAGUGAAUGCCAAGAUGGAGUUGUUCGCAUCCGAGGUCUGCCCUUUACCUGCACGGAGCAAGAAAUCAUCCAGUUUUUUUCAGGACUGAACAUUGUGAAGGACGGGGUCACACUGGUCAUGGACCGCUGGGGUAAAAGUUCUGGUGACGCAUAUGUGCAGUUUGCUACACCAGAGAUGGCCGUUGAAGCGCUGAAGAAAGACAGAGAGGUUAUUGGAAACAGGUACAUUGAGGUGUACCCGAGCAAGAAGAGCGAUAUUCAGAUGCAGUAUGGCAGAGGGAGAGGGGACGCUACCGCCACAACAUUCCACCUACAGAAGACCAGCAGUGUCUCUCUUCCUACACACUUUAUACACAUGAGGGGGCUGCCAUAUCAAGCCACAGCUGGAGACGUAAUAAAUUUUUUUUACCCUAUAAGGGUGGCAAAGGUUCUGAUUGAGUAUGGGCCCGACGGGAGACUUAGCGGCGAGGCAGCCGCUCACUUCACGACACGACAGGAUGCGAUGGAAGCAAUGAGCAGAGACAAGCAGUACAUAAGGGACAGAUAUAUUGAGCUGUACCUGAAUUCCACAUAAAAAGAGGAAAAGAUCUAUAAAGGUGAACAGCUGUUGUCUGUACAAAGCAUUUCAGCAAUAUUUAUUUGAAAAAUGUGCAGAAAACUGUAAUUAAAAUUACUCAUUUAUGGAGUAAAACAGUGUUGUUU